AAAAGCUAAAUCUCUAGUGAAUCUUUAUUGUUUUCAACUCUAAAUGUUGUUGAGAUCAAGAAAUCCAGCUCUGCUUCGUCAGUUUUCAACGAGUGCGGUGCGCUGUCAAGUGAUUCCGAAGGCUUAUAAACAAUCAUUCCCCACAAGAUAUGAUACUGCAAGAAAGAAGAUUGAAUUGAACAAUUUAUCACAAAUAUUUACAGAAUUGAUCAAGACCACAGGUCCCAUUCCUCUUUCAGCCUAUAUGAGAUUAUGUCUUACCCAUCCUGAUUUUGGUUACUAUACAACCAAAGAUCCACUAGGUCCCAAAGGUGAUUUCAUCACUUCCCCAGAGAUUUCUCAAAUGUUUGGUGAAAUGAUUGGUAUAUGGCUAUUCACUGUUUGGAUAUCUCAAAAAAAGCCCAAAAAUAUUAAUUUGAUAGAAUUUGGCCCUGGGAAAGGUACUUUGAUGUUUGAUGUAAUUAAAAGUUUUUCAAGAUUACUACAGACUUUGAAAGCUAGUGACUUAACGUUAAAUAUUAUUCUUAUUGAAGCUUCAGAUGUAUUGAAAAAAGCACAAUGGACCUUACUUUCUGACUCAACGUUGGAUGUCAAUAAAGAAUUUUGGACAACUGACCAUAAGUGGAACGGUAAAAUCACAUGGGUUGACACUGAAAAAGAUGUUUGGGAAAUCACAAAUGAUAAAGACGCAAAUUACAUCCUAGCUCAUGAGUUUUAUGAUGCAUUACCAAUCAAUCAAUUCAAGAAGACAGAGGAAGGGUGGAGAGAAUAUUUGGUGGAUCAACACCCUGAAACUAAUGAUUUCCAUUUGACUGUGUCUCCAAAAGAGAGGCCAUCAUCAAAGAUCCCGGAGACUAAUAAAAGGUACUCAAAUGUCACUACAGGAUCAGACGUUGAGAUUUCCCCUGAGCUAUAUUCAU